UGGAUCGAAAAGCGACGGUGUUUUCAUCUCUCUCUGUCUCUUCCCCUCUAACACGUGUGUGUGCGCGAGCGCGCGUGGUGCGUCAGUGUGUGCGCGUGCCUGUGCGUACAUGUAUACCGGAUGCCCGGUGUAUACGCGGGCGGCGGCAGCGUCGUCACGCGGCGAUGAACGCCGAUGACACACGGGGCUCUCGAGAGGCAACUUCUUCGUCGGGUGGCGCGCGUUGUCGGACGGGCCAGGACUCCUCGCGGCGGCAACGGCAGCAGCAGCAGCAGCGGCGGCGGCGGCGAGCACGCCCGCCGUGCCUGCUGGCGGCACCAGGACUCGCGGAGCAACGACAAGCUGCACACCUCGGAUCGAUCGACGGCCGGAGAGCGGCGCUCGGAGGUGGUGAACGUUGAAGAGGAAAGAGGACGACGCGGAGGAGUCGAUCCGCCGUCGAAGGUAAAGCGAGGUGGAACCGGUUGAAAAAAGAGAAGAAAAAAAGAGGAAGGCUGAAAGCGAAGAGAGACGGCGGUGUGGUAGUGGAGACGGCAGAGGGGUCGAAAGGUUGAGCGACCUACGGAUCAAGACGAGGAGGAGGAGGUGGCGGAGAGAAAGGGGCGAUGGGGAGAGGGCAGGAGGGUUAAGAGAAGGAGGGGGAGAACGACCGGAGAAGAAGGACGGAGAAAUGAUCUUGGUAGGUGAUUGGCAAAGUGCUGUGGUGGUCGACUCCUCGACGAAAGGCAGAUAGCGCCAUUAGUCGUUGCCGGGGCACGGAACAUCGGGCCCAUGCGCGUUACGGCCCUGGCCGUGGGCGAAGAAGGGGGGGAGGAGGAGGAGGAGGACGAGGAAGAGGAGGCGGAGGGCCGUGCGGGGCACCACCACGGGGCCCGCGGGCCCGCGAUGCGCUCCGCGGUUGCCGCGACAGUGGGGGGCAGGAGUCAAUGGUCCAUCACGACGUGUCCGAUUUUCUUUGUGCUGUUGCUGUUGCCCGUUUGGAUUCCGAUGGCCGUCGUCGACGCGUCUCCCCUUCAUCCCGCACCACCGCACAGAGAUAUCACGCGCUCAUAUAUCAGGUACUACGAGGCAGCUGUAUACGACACCGUAGCCUUGAAACGACAUCGCAACCGGAUACGUCGCGACGUCACCGACUCCGAGCAACCCCUGAUUUUGAACCUGAAGACGCUCGAUAGAUCCUGGACGAUACGCUUGUUUCGUGACGCGAGCCUGUUUAGCAAAGAUGUAUCCUUCGAGAGCACGAAUGGACCGAUAUCCUUCGACACAUCGCAUUCCUACGUCGGCACUGUUUUGGAGGAUGAGAGCGCCGUGGUGCAGGGUGUCGUUACGCAAGAUGGUCUCUUCGACGGCAGUGUCGUGACCAGAUUCGAGGAGUACUACAUCGAGCCGUCGAGCAGGUAUUUGAAUAAAAAUGAAGACACGUCGCCGCCCUAUCACAGCAUAGCUUAUCGCACCUCCGAUGUUACCACCCCGCCACAUCCAUUACCCUGUGCCAGUCAUCAGCUGCAUCAAAAGGGGUCUCUUCGUGAUUCCUUCGAUAGAUAUAGGUACAACAAUUCUCAAGCAUUCUACGAGCCUCUACUCGGCGAGCACGUUGCUCUCUACUCGAGGGAAAACAAUGCGAGAGUGUUAACAUUAGAAACGAAUAAUGACGUCGAGUACACGGACGCCGUGAACGGCAGAGAUCGGAUCGCGAGGCAUCUGCACAAGCGCGCGACGGUAGAUCCCCGGAAAACUACCUGCAUGCUCUACUUGCAAGCGGACCAUCAGUUUUUCGCGCGAUACGGCACGGAGGAAGCCUGUAUCGAGGUGAUGACGAGGCACGUGCAAAGAGUCAACUCCAUCUACAAACACACAGAUUUCAAUCAAGAUGGACGGCCGGAUAAUAUCAGUUUCAUGAUCAAACGCGUCAAGGUGCACAGCGAGGAUGCAUUGAGGGAUCCUCAUUAUCGUUUUCCGGGCAAUUAUGGGGUGGAGAAAUAUUUAGAGCUCUUUUCAGAGGAGGAUUAUGACGCAUUCUGUCUGGCUUAUAUGUUCACGUAUCGGGAUUUCGAGAUGGGAACUCUAGGUUUGGCAUGGACAGGCGAUCUCAAGAAUGCUGGCGGCGUAUGUGAGAAAAACGGGCAUUACCGCGGCAGCAUGAAGUCAUUAAACACUGGCAUAGUGACCCUAUUAAAUUACGGAAAGCACGUACCGCCUGCGGUCUCUCACGUUACUUUGGCUCACGAGAUCGGCCACAACUUCGGCUCGCCGCACGAUCCGGAACAAUGUACACCGGGCGGAGAGGAUGGCAACUUUAUAAUGUUCGCCCGUGCUACUAGCGGGGACAAGCGUAACAACAAUCGCUUCAGUCCAUGUAGCUUGAAUGCCAUAAAUCCAGUGCUCAACAGCAAAGCACGUUCUCCAAAGGGAUGCUUCACCGAACCGCAAGUAUCGUUGUGCGGCAACGGCGUGGUGGAGGAGGGCGAGGAGUGCGAUUGCGGCUGGGAGGAGGAUUGCAGGGACUCGUGCUGCUAUCCCCAGCGCCGUUAUCCGCCGUCCGAGGAGACCCCGUGCACUCUCACACCGCGCGCGGUGUGCAGUCCUAGUCAAGGUCCGUGCUGUACCAGCGAAUGUAAUCUCCGUUUCGGAGACAAGUGCAGAGAUGACAACGGCUGUCGCGAUGCGAGCUUCUGCGACGGUCGUUCCCCAUACUGUCCGCCAUCCAUUAACAAGCCUAAUAAGACCAUUUGCAACCGCGAGCUGGUUUGCUUCAUGGGGGAGUGCACUGGCAGCAUUUGCCUAGCAUACGGACUGGAAUCUUGCCAAUGCAUACCAGGCCCGAACGAUCCGCCGACGAAGGCUUGCGAGUUAUGUUGUCGACUUCCCGGGGAAAAUCAACCAUGCUUAUCGUCUUUCGAUUGGAAUUCGCCACCGUAUGAUAUUCCCGAUAUGUUCUCAAAGCCAGGAACUCCAUGCAACGAUUAUAACGGCUACUGUGAUGUCUUUCAAAAAUGUCGCGAGGUCGAUCCAAGCGGUCCAUUAGCAACUUUAAGGAAGCUCUUAUUAUCCGACGAGAGCCUCGCCACUUUCAGACGGUGGGUCGCUGAACAUUGGUAUGCAGCCGCUCUGAUAGUUUUUGCGGCGAUAUCAUUACUGGUGGCAAGCAUGAGAUUACUGGGCAAGCGACCGGACUUGAAGCUAAAGUCUGUCACGAUAAUCCAUAGUUCUACGACGGAAACGGUACGGCUUCCGCCGGAAGGUACGGAAGGAGUAACGGUGCAUCCACCAGCGGUACGUGCCAAACUUCCUCUCAGUAGAAAGGUCAGAGAGAAGAGGUGUCAUCGCAAACAUAAAGAUAGUAGCCACACCGACAAGUCUAACAAUAAGGACUCCAAGAAGAAACAAAACCAACAAACAAAGAGAUCAUCUGCAGGGCAAGUCGAUGAUUUUGCGCGAAAGAGACCGGCUGAAAUUUUGGCUGCUGUAACGCAAGAAAAUAAACGGAAGAAGAUCACAUCUGUUAGAGAUAAAGGACAAGGUACUAGCAAUAAUCCAGGCGGUGGAAGCAGCGGCGAUAACGACAAGAGGAAGCGUAAAAAGCAACAUAGAAAGGAAGUAAUUGACUACUCGGCAAUUCAAGCAGAUAAGGAACCAGAAACGAACGCUGAUCCUAAGAGUAAAGUGCGUUCUUGGUUAUUGGCAUCUUCACAAUGUCGACCGGAAACCGGUGCACGGACCAACGUUAACGGAAUGCCGAAAAGUAAAUCGACUCCGGUGGGUCUAACAGCCAGUGGAGGGGCGGUUGGGUCCAGAGUGCCAGUAGCGGAACUAAAGAAUUCGUCGAAUUCUCUCGCCAGGAAGGAACGGGCGAGGCUCCAGGUGGUAUAUAAGCCGCCGUUCAGGUUCAGCGUGAAGCUGCGCAAGUCCGACAAGGUAGCGCAAUCACCGGCCACGGCCGUGAAUCAUACGAACGCGAAUAGCAGAACGGCGAAGCUACCGAGAACCGGGGUGUUGCUGCGAACGGCCAAGAGAAAGGACCGAGUCAGAAUAGGCAGAGCACGACAGAUAGCCCCUACCGGUAUCGGAAACAGCGGCAGCGAUUUACCGGAACCGGCUAACUCCGACUUGCACACCGUACCCUCCGAUUUGGAAGUAUUGCUGUCCGAGAGCGAGUUUCUCUUCUCGGAUACGUGA